CCUAUGAAACACACAAGACAUUUCUCUCGAUUGUUUAAUUAUUGGAAUAGUUAGGAAUGCUACAGGUGACCAACAAUAGUUGCGUGUUGUAACAACACAACAUAGGAAGUGUUCGAGGAGAAGAUUUUGUUGUAAUGAUAGCGACAUUGAACGAAUUAUGUGGAUCAAUACCUAGUGAAAUAGAUCAUUUAAAGCUUCCCUGGUUACGACAAUCUUAUUCACGUUUGCGCUUUAACUGUUGAUAUUUUCCUACAUGUGGGAUCGUAUAUGAUAUUGAAUAUUGAAUUGGGCUUAACAAGCUGAAACAAUACAGAAUUAGUAGAAGAAGGCAUGGAGUGAACAGAUAACAAACUGAAGUCAAAACAAGAUUAUAAAAUGAAUAGGCGAAAGCCUUCUGUACAAGUGGACAAGCCCAUCCCACAAAAGAAGUCGCGGAAGGUUACAAUCGUGAGGGAAUUGUCACCUUUAAUGUCACACGUCGGUUUCCAAGGAGGACGCCAUUUACACCCAGAUCGACUUCCUACAAAACAACACGAUGCAACUGUAUCACUUCGUAUAUUUGAUACGAAAGAAGAAACGAUAGAAAAUGUUCAAAAAUAUUCAGACUCUCUUAAAAGAUUACUCGUAUCAGGAAUUCAUCUGAAAACUGUACCGGAAAGUUUAAUAGAUCGUCUUACUCAUUUAGAGAAGUUAGAUUUAAGCAAUAACCAGUUAGGAGAUGGUGCUAUUCCAGAUGACAUGAAAAAACUUGAAAAACUGUCUGAUCUAGCCUUAAACAAUAAUAAGUUGACAAAGGUUCCACCUGCAAUUAAACGACUCAAAUACCUAGCCAGAUUAGACUUAAGUACAAAUGGGUUAGACAGUCUAAAAGGUCUUGAAAAGAAUAGAAGAAUGCAAAUACUAGUGUUAGACAAUAACAAAGUAUCUAAUGUCUUCCCAGAUAUCAGUCAUAUGCAAAGGUUAGAAGUUCUAAAAUGUAAAGACAAUGUGGUCAAAGAGAUUGAGUGUGAUGUGCGGAACCUCAGGUCGUUGCGAGAUCUGGACCUUUCAGGGAAUAGUAUAGUAGUGCUUCCGUCUGAUGUGUUUUUCCUACCCAAACUAGAAUAUUUAAGUGCUAGUCAAAAUAAAAUUUCCAAAGUGCCUGUGUUCAAUAUCAAAGUGAAUAACAAACAUGAGAUCUCUGACAUUGAUUUGUCUGGAAACAAAAUCACAAAAUUCCCAGGUCAUCUUUUACGAAUAUGCAAAAGGACGGAUCUUAGUAGCAAUAAAAUAAAAAAUCUAAAUAUCAACUCACUUAAAAAUUUAGAACGAGACCCGGAUAAAGAUCUCAUUAUUGAUGACAAUCCUCUUGUUUUCCCACCAGCAGACAUGCAAGAUCUACGCUCAAUGAUGAUUUAUAUGCACGAAGAGAGAUUAAAAAUGAAAGUGUAUCGUGGUGUUAAAGUUGUUGUUUUGGGUUCACACCAAAGCGGCAAGACAAGCCUAAUUCAGUCUUUGAUAGACCAGCAAGGGGUUUUGUCAGAAGAUGUACACGAAGCUGGUGCUGGAAUAGAAUCUUAUGAUAUGAGUAUCGACUACGAACCAGAAGGAGAUGAAGAACAAGGCAAAUCGCUCAAUUUAUGUAUAUGGGACUUCUGUGGUCAUGCCUUUUACAGAUAUCCGCACUACCUCUUUUUUGAACAACCAUCCAUUGCAAUUUUAACGUUUGAUAUGAAGGCGUAUUCUUCUGAGGAAUUUGACGAUUUAAUAGCUUCUUGGUUUGACUGGAUGAUGGCAAAGACAAACAAAAUAGUAACAAUUUUGGUUGGUACACAUGGAGAUUUGUUGACUAAAGCGCAGCAAAACGACGUCAUUGAAGAUGUUAAAAAACAAUUAGCAGAGUACAAGGAAACGAGAGCUAGAUCAAUAAAUGAAAGGAUACAAGCUUUCCGAAAACCAGGAAUGAAACUCUCAAAGGCUCUUUCUGAACAUUUAGUCGUUCUCUCUAAAUUGCAAUAUUCAUUUGAUCAUUUACGAGUUCCAAACACAAUCAUCAUGACGAGUUCGAAGCAAUUUCUUGGAUUUGAUUUAUUGCGACAGGAAAUAGAAAAGCUAGCAAGAUCUGACAACUUUCCAAACGUAAUGCAAGAGAUAAAAACGUUCUGGGUAGAUGCAGAGGAUUACAUCGAAGAAAAAGGUGUUACUAUGGUACAACCAGUGAUGACAUUUGAAGAGUUCCGAAAUGAAGUUGAUGAAAAGUUCGGAAUGCGCAGAAUGAUAAAUGCUAUGACAGAAUAUCUGCACGAAAAGGGAAAGGUUCUUAAUUUCGCUCAAACACCUUCCUUGAAAGAAUAUGUAUUUGUGAGACCGUUGUGGUUAUUCGAAUUACUUAGACAAAUAUAUCAUCACGAUAUAUCAAAUGUUUUAUCAUACGAGAAGACAAACUCUUUCAAAGCUGUUGGAAUGAGCACUAACAGGUUUGAAAGAACAAAAAGCGAGUUGCUUUCUGAAGGAGUAAUAGACCGUGAAUUACUUCAAGGAAUGAUCGGCGAUUUAGUUCCAACAGAUAUGAAUGAAAUAUUUGAUGACGUUAUCAAAAUUCUUUUGGAAGGAUUUUGUAUCGGAUACCCAGUUGCAAAGCUUAAAGAAAGUUCUCAGGGCACUGCAAAAUAUAAUUAUCAUGUUAAGCAAGAUGACAAAGGGAAAACGAAAAUACAGAAAAUUCUCAUUCCAUGGCUACGCAAAUGUGGUGAACCAGAAGAUAUGAAAGAGAAAUGGCAGAGAUUGUCAGAAAGAAAGAAUAUUCGUGUUUUAUGCAAAUUUCCAAUUUAUUUUCCUCCAGGAUUUUUCGAAACCUUAUGCAUUCGAAUUCACCAAAAGAAAACGAGAACAGAUUAUCCGGACAAAACUAAGAAAAUGGAUUCUCAGGAAAAAGUUAAGAUGAAUUUAAUGGCGCAUUGGGGAGGAGGGAUACAUGCAAGGAAUGAUGAACAUAAAGUUCAUAUAAAGAUUCAUUACGUACCUGGUGGAGAUAAUGUUGGUACUGAUUUAUUGUUUGAAUUGCGAGCAGACAUCAUUGACAUUGAAAAAGAGGAUGAAGCUUCGCCUGGUACAAUGUGGAACCUCGUUUAUCCUUUAUUGUUUGAGUUUGAAGAAACUAUAAAGAGUUAUGAAGGUAGUAUUUUGGUAGAAAGGAGAGUAUGUUGCCCUCUUUGUAAUAGCCCAUCCUUUGUUGGUGAGUGGCAGCAACCUAAACAGUUACAAACAGAAUUACAAGACAAUCUACAAAGGAAAUGUGAAGCAUGUAAAGAAAUGGUUGAAACAGAUUAUCUUAUACAACCACGUGGACAAAAAACAGAUGAUGUCUUGAAAGAAAUAAUCAAACAAAGACAGAAAAGAAGAGCUGCUGUCGCAGACCAGAAGUCUCUAGCUGAUCUCAUUGACCAAGAAAACAGACAAUACACAACACCAUCACCAUCUGGACGGCGCAGUCGCGGUGCAAUGCUUCCUACACCAGAUUUGUCACAACUUCAACUUCUUCAAUCUAAAUUCGCUUCACCGGAAGCAGAAGACGACGGAGAAAACACAGAGGAACCAAGACAAAAUGGCUUUCCUAUAGAAACUUUGCAUAACAAUAUAGAUACUCCAUCGAAUUCUGCUUAUCAAGAUCUGUCUGAUUUGGACGAGGUAGACAUUGAACAAGAAGUAAAUAAUGACGCAUGUGACAAUGAUGACGAUAUCUCGCCUGGUGCAUAUGGAUAUGACGAAUAUACACAGACAAGCCCACAAACUAAUAUAUCACGUUAGUUAAAAAAAAUCAUAGCUGUAGAAAUGAACAAAUUCUUAUAAUUUAAUCGGGACAACAGAAAAAUCUAUUUUUAACAUGAUUUUGAAAUUAUUCAGUAUAUUUUUUGUUUAUGUUAUAUGUGAAAAUCAUUUUUUUCUGAACAGUAAAAUGUAAAUUAAAUAAGCAUUAUAAGACUGUUUAUCAUAAAUUUGAAAUCCUGGUUCGCUUUGGUAAUUUUUUAUGAAUAGUUUGGCCCAAGAAAAAUAAAUCAUAAGACUGAUGAAAUUAAUUACCCGUUGAAAGGACUACCUACACUGGACAGACAUUACUUGUCAUGAUACAUCUAGUUGUGUCUCCUUUUGGUCACUCUUGUGCUUUUUUUUUGAUGAAAAUACAUAGAUUUUAUAACUGUUUCAUUUAUUUUAGAAGUAGCGAAUGAAGAACAAAUAGAGAUCUUAAUAUGAAGAUAAUUUACUGAAACCUUGAAUCAUAAUAUGACCAACUUCACCCAUCUUUAUAUUAUGAUGAUCAAUUUAUACCACUUUGUCAUAUUAUUAUCUUAUGAAAGAACGUGCUGUUUUAUAUUAAAAAUAACUCAAAUGGUUUCAACGCCAAGUAACCUUGAUCAAUGAAAAUAAACUUUUUGCAAAUUUUGUAGAUCUCCUUAGUUGUUGGUUUUAAAAUAUAAGAAAUCUAAAAAUAAUUGGUUUUGUCUUCCUGGCCAGAGUUUUUUUAUAAUCUGAUUCAUAAAGAGAGGCUUUACUUUCUUUUUAUGCUGAUUAUUAUAAGGAAGCUGUACAUUUUAGGUAUUGGUAUAGCAAAACUGUAGCACAUUGUUAUGUUUGCACUAGUUAAGUUUUUAUGUAUGUUAUUUAUUGUAUAACAAAGGGAUGCAAUUAAAUUGCUAAAUUUUGACAAACAAAAAUACAUAGUUAUUGUAGUUUCAAUAUCACGAGCAAACUAUUACAGUUUGGUUUUUCUCAGAUUUUAAUUGUUGCCCUCUUAUUUAGAUUUCCAAUGAUUGGAUGAAACUUAAUAUGAUGAUACUAUGAAUGUAUGUAUGUGGCAUCUCAUCAUAAAACUUGAUCACCCUAUCUCAUAAAUAGAAAUCAUUAAUAUGUAUGUAUGAGAAAAUAUCAGAAUCGACUGAAUGGUAUCAAGACAAAAUUGCUCGCCUAUUGCCAAAAACACGUAGGAUAUUUAUAAGAAUUUAGAAAUAGUAAUGGAUUAAAUAUAUGUCAAUAAGUUUGAAGAACAUAAAAUAAUAAUCAAUCAUUUUAUCACAUUUGUCACUGACUUUCUAGUUUUAAGUUGGAAAAAAAAGAUUGGGCACAUAUAAUUUUAGAACACAUAUAAAUAAAAUAUAAUGCAUAUAUUAUAGUUAAAAACGAUGCAUACGAAAUACGUUAAAUCUAGACCUAAAACCACUAGAUUUCGUCUUUCAGUUCACGUCAAACGUUUUUGCUGAUAUUCAAGUUUAUGUUUUGUCUAUUUUCAUAUUUAUAAAAUAUUUUGUCCAUUUCAUGUUUAUAAAUUAUGGUGAUUUGUUAUAAAACUGUUGUUACAGUCUAGUGGAAGUAUUAAAAUAAUCUGUUACAUUG